CUGGACUCUUUUUAUAUACUGGAAGCUUUUACUUACUCGCAAAAUCUCUUGCCGGUCACUUUCUCUCUCUAAAAAUCCACGCCCAAUCGAUCUCUCACUCACUCUCUCCCCAUCUCAAUCUCGUCAUCUCCGAAGUAAAGUCGCAGUAAUCAGGGAUGGCCACAGAAACUGCGACUCCUCAGCCGCCUCCAAGUGCUCAAGUUGUUGGGAAUGCUUUUGUUGAGCAGUAUUAUCAUAUCCUUCACCACUCUCCUGAGUUGGUUCACCGAUUUUACCAGGAUGUGAGUGUGUUGAGCCGUCCGGAUCCUAAUGGCCUCAUGAAGACUGUGACAACUAUGAAAAGUAUAAACGACACAAUAUGUUCAUUGGAUUACAAAAAUUACAAGGCUGAGAUAAAGACCGCGGAUGCACAAGAUUCUUAUAAAGAUGGAGUGGUGGUGCAAGUAACUGGCUGCUUGACUGGACCCGACAACCUGAAAAAGAAAUUCUUACAGACUUUUUUCCUCGCUCCUCAGGACAAAGGCUAUUACGUGUUAAACGACAUUUUCCGUUAUGUAGAAGAGAGAGAACCAGAAAUCAGCAUGUCGGUAGUUACUGGAGUUGAUGUAACACCGUCUGGUUCUGCUAUCCAAGAUCCGGAACCCACUCAAGUGGCUGAUUCCCCAAAAGCUAAUCAUGCAACUUCUCAAGUGGAGGAAGCUGACAUAAUUGAGGAAAAAAUCAGUGACGAAGUGAUUGAAGAGAGACAAGUCGGUGAUAAUCAUACGGAUGUCUUGAUAGAAGCUGACUCCCAUAUUAAUGAGAAUCAUGUAAUUGAGGUUGCAGAUGCAGUUACUUCUUCAUCGCAGGAGGAUACUCCAAAGAAAUCGUAUGCUUCAAUUGUUAGCUCAGCGACCAAGAAGGGUCCAACCAAAAUUUAUGUUCCUACUAACACAGCUAAAUUAGCUCAGGCGAAAGCCGAGAAGCAGCCACUCAACCCAGCUGCAGGGGAAUCACUUCCUGAAUCAACUUCUCAUGUUGUACCUGAUGAUGUACAAGAAAGUAAAGAUGUCCAGGAUGAAGUUCAGGGUCACUCCAUAUACAUCCGCAAUUUGCCUCUAAAUUUUACAGUUGCACAGCUUGAAUCUGAAUUUCAGAAAUUUGGAACUAUUAAGCCAAAUGGGGUCCAAGUCAGAAGUAACUGGGAACAGAGAUUCUGUUUCGGGUUUGUUGAGUUCCUGGAGCUUAGCGCCAUGCAAAAUGCCAUUAAGAUUUUGCUUAUGCCUGACCACUGUUUUCUAAGCAGCCUGAUAAAAGCAGCACGACAAGGUGCUGUUGAGUGGAUUUUCCGAGCUUCUCCUAUAACUAUCGGAGACCGUCAAGCUACUGUCGAGAUCAAGAGAACCACCACUCGAGUUGGCGGUGGGAGGGGUAGAUUUGUUCCUCAACGGGGAGGGUUUCGUAACGACAACUUCAGAGGCCGGGGAAACUUCACCACUGCUCGGGUUUACGGUAGAAAUGGAGACUUCAGGGGUCGUGGCAACUUUAAUAGUGGAGGAGAAGGUGGUUAUCAUCAAGGCAGAGGGAGGGGUAAUCGACGUCCGAUUUCGAACCAGAAUUCAUCUUUAACUUGAAAAAGGUUGGGAGUUUCAGAGCUUUGUGGGGUCCAAUUUUGAUUUAGGUUUUAAUUGCUGUUCACAUCAUCUACUUGAUCCUUUUUCUGUUCUUCAAUCCUUAAUGAGUUUUUUAAACUGGGGGGUUGCCUCACGUUUAGUUGGUGUAUGAGAUGGUUAAUUCAUUCCUUAAAACAGUUUUUGUUUCGUUAAUUUUAUGCAUAGAGGGAUGUAACUUGCAAUAGCUAAACAAAGUGUGGUUUUUGGAGGAAGUAUGGAUUAUAUAUUUAAUCGGUUUAUAAAAUGUCGAUAGUGGUUAGCGAGGUUUUGGUAUUUUCUCGAAGAAGCAAAGCUUCACAACUAGAUUUUUGUUUCUUCCUUGAAAAAUGACACAUGUUGUAAAUGAGCAGUUUCGUAACAAAUUC